AUGGCGGGACAUCCCAUCACCGUGGAUUACAAAGGGCGAAUUGCCAUCAUCACCCUCAACCAGCCCGAGAAAUUAAACUCACUGAACCAAGAGCAGUUCUACCUAUUAGGGGAACUUUUGCGAGAAGUGGCAACACACGAAGAGGUUGUCAUCACGCUGCUUAUUGGAACAGGACGGUUUUUCUCAUCGGGUGCAGAUAUGUCCGAUCUUAGUACAUUCAUGGCAAACGCUAGCCGCAAAGAUGUGUUAACCGGAUCUUUAUUAAACAACAUCCAUCUAACUCGCGCUUUCUACACCCAUCCAAAAAUUUUAGUUGCGGCACUUAAUGGACCUGUUGUUGGCUUUCUAGCAGCACUAGUUUCGUUUGCCGAUUAUAUAUAUGCCCAACCUCAAGCGUUCUUGCUUAUUCCCUUUUCAUCGCUUGGACUAGCCGCUGAGGGAGGCGCAUCUCGUGCACUAAGAGAGCGUCUUGGUGUCUCGAAAGCCAAAGAAGCACUGCUACUAAGCAGACGCAUUCCAUCUAAUGAGCUUCUGUCAUGCGGUUUCGUAAACAAGAUUAUUGAAUCAACCUCACCAAAGUCGGAUGAAGCCAAGGCUAAACCAGCGAACUUCUUGGAAAAAGUUCUGCUUGAGUUAGAUAAGGAUUUUGGGCCUCAUCUCAAUGACUCCAGUCUAUUGGACAUCAAGGAACAAUUUGUUCGAGAUGAUAGAAAUACAUAUGGCCACGUAACUGUGCAGGAGGCAUAUACUGCUGUGGAGAAAAUAACUGCGGGAAUUCCACAGGAACAUAUGAAGAAAAUAGCUAAAAGGGGAAAAUCCAAAUUGUGA